CUCACUUGAGCAGGACGAGGAAAAAGCAAAAUGGCGUUGGACGGAGAAGACCUUUUUGUAGUUUUUAUAGCGCUACGUUCCUAAUCCCUGCACACAGGUGCACAUAUAUGACGUUUGGUUAGUUAAACAUCGUUAAUAAAUGUAUGUAUUCGGAUACAUUAGUCUGAGUGCACGUUGGCGCUACUUGUGCUAGCUCAGGUGGCUAGUUAGCUUAGCUCGUUAGCAGCUAACAAAGAGACGCGGAGGUUAUUAUCAUCACGUCGCUUAGCAGUUAACAAGUGUGAGUGUAAAGUGUUGUGAUCGUGAGAAAAUGCGCGAAAGAACGAUAGUAAAGUGCGAGGAGGAACUUUCUCCAACAGAAGAGGAGAAGCAGCGACAACAUGAACGACUGGACGAUGUUUGCAAGAAGCAUCACGUUGUGUCACACAGAACAGCUAUUUACCCAGCAGAUGUCCGGCAGCCCCACCAUUUUAAAGAGGAAGAUCCACAUCCCCCUCCGGUAAAAGAGGAAGAGGAGGAACCUCCGCGCCCGCGCAUUAAAGAGGAAGAGGAGGAGCUCUGGAUCACUCAGGAGGGAGAGUGUCUUCUAAGACCACAGGAAGCUGAUCCCACCAAGUUGCCACUGACUGGUGUCUCUGUGAAGACUGAAGAUGAUGAAGAGAAACCACCUGAGUCCUCACAGCUUCAUCACAGUCCAAACGUUGGUCAUUCAGAAGGACUUCUACCUCAGCCGCAGUGUGAAGGCUACACUUUGAAGCAAGAGCGUCCACGGCCCCCCCACAUUAAAGAGGAAGGGGAGGAAUUCUGGAUAACGCAGGAAGCUGAUCUCACCAGCUUGCCACUGACUGUUGUCUCUGUAAAGACUGAAGAGGAUGAAGAGAAACCACAACCAGACAACCUCUUAGCUCCACUAUCAGAUAGUGAGGCUGAAGACGACGAUGAAGAACCUUUGAGCAGCGAUACAGACUGUGAAGGUGAUAUGAGGACUCACACUGACAACAAACACUCAGGAUGCUCUAAAAAGAAGGGUAAAACACAUUUAAGCUGCUCAGUUUGUGCUAAAAGCUUUACCCAAAAGAACUCUUUGACUCAACACAUGAGAACACACGCGGGAGAAAAAAUGUUUAGUUGUUCAUUUUGUGGUAAAACAUUUUCUCAUGAGAUCUAUUUGACCAGACACAUGAGAACGCACACAGGAGAAAAACCAUUUAAGUGUUCAGUUUGCGGUAAAUCUUUUUCCCAAAAGGCCAACUUGAAUUCACACACGAGAACACACACAGGGGAGAAACAAUGCAUUUGUUCAGUUUGUGGUAAACAUAUGUCUCGAAAGACACAUUUGACAGUACACAUGAGAACACAUACUGGAGAGAAACCGUUUAAUUGUUCAGUUUGCGGUCGAAAUUUUUCUUUGAAGGCCCAUUUGACAGGACACAUGAGAACGCACACAGAAGAGAAAUCAUUCAAUUGUUCAGUUUGUGGUAAAUUCUUUUCUCAAAAGGCCCAUUUGACAGGACACAUGGAAAUACAUAAAGGAGGGAAACAAUCUAUUUGUUCAGUUUGCGGUCAAAACUUUUCUCGUAAGAUCUAUUUGACCAGACACAUGAGAACACAUAAUGGAGAGAAACCAUUUAAAUGUUCAGUUUGUGGUUCAAAUUUUUCUCAAAAGGCCAAUUUGAAUGCACACAUGAGAACACACACAGGAGAGAAACCAUGGAUUUGUUCAAUUUGCGGCAAACAUAUGUCACGAAAGACAUAUUUGACAGUACAUAUGAGAACACACACAGGAGAAAAACCUUUUAAUUGUUCAGUUUGCGGUCAACAGUUUUCUUCUAAAGCACAUCUGACAGGACACUUGAGAACGCACACAGGAGAUAAACCAUUUAAUUGUUCAGUUUGCAUUCAAACUUUCUCUCAAAGGCCCCAUUUGACGGCACACAUGAGAACGCACACAGGAGAGAAACCAUUUUAUUGUUCAGUUUGCGGUCAAACGUUUUCCCAAAAGUCCAAUUUGACGGGACACAUGAGAACACACACAGGAGAGAAACUAUUCAAUUGUUCAAUUUGUUGUAAGAGCUUUUCGUCCAGGCAAGUUUUAAACCAACACACCACUAAACACACUGCAGAAAACAACAUUUAGUUGGUUUGCGUAUGACGUCACAUCCGUUUUUCUUCUUCACUGCUUGAUUCACAUGAUGGUCAAGCAGCUUGAGCGUAGCAUUAAAACAAGUGAGAGUGAGUUUACAGUUUGAGUAGCAACAUAAAAAGCAAUAUUACUGUUCUGUUCUUGGGUGUUCCAGUCGUUCAAAUAGAGAUAGUAUAGGAAAGAGCUUUCAUAGAAGUGGUUAGACCGGAUUUGAAGUGUCGCGCUAUUAUUGUGGAGCCUUAUGUUUGUGACUGGUAUAAGAAAAGACUUUACAUAUUUUGAAGAAAUUCUCUGAUUUAGGUGACUUUAGACGUCUCCCUCGGUGGUCUUAUGUGUCAAUGAAUACAAUUUUAAUUUAGAUUAUGGCUUCUCUCGAUUAUGAAAAUACAAUCAUCGAAAAGAAACCAUUAAUGGGCUGCACAACACGCAUGCAAAUGCGAAACAGAUGAGGAACGAAAGAGUGAGAAAAGAGCAUGUCUGCUACUAUGGUUCUACUUUUAUUUGAUAAUUAAUAAUCACUACAUUCAAGAAAAAAGUAAGUCAUAUGAUUUACGAGCUCACGUCACCGCGGACGGAGUAAAAUAAUUGGCCAACAGAACAGAAUCUGCUGAUAAAAGCACAAAACUAUCAGGGAAAAUGACAUAAAUGUAAGUGAAAUAAUCGGGAGUUGUCUUCAUUUUGACAUUUUGAUGCCAUGACUUUACCAGUCCGGCCCGUGUGGGAAUAAAAGUUCCUCCUGAGCGGAAAUAAGUCUGACACCCCUGCUCUAAACCUUUCAGAAUACGCCCAAAUCUGCACUGCUGCAGAUAAACAAACUGUAGCAAAUGUAACGCUGGCUUGACCGUCGCCUGGAACCCCGAAAGUGCCUGGAGGUCACGUGAUUGCGACCCAGCAAUUUGUGGUGUAAGAUGCCAAAAGAAAAACCAUUCAUCUGUUCAGUAUAACUACACUCAAAGGAGCGUUUGUGUGAUCUGCUAUCAUAAUCACAACUUUUUAGGUGACUUCUCACAUGUGACAUUACAUUUUUACGAUUUGACAACCUCAGCACAAACCGGACAACUGUAGGGUUUUUUUUUUUUUGUGUCCAAUAAAACUCUUUACCGUAAACUGAGUAUUUUAAAGUUUUUCUUUUUAAUUCUGUGUGUUUUAUCAUAGUUGCCUUCUGAGUUAAUCUGUUAUAGUUAACUCAGCAUAAAAUUAUUUUAACUUGUAUAUUAUAAAAUACACUUUAAAAUGUGUGACUCCAACUGAUACAACAAUUGGAUAACAAUCUUAUGUAAAGAUUAGAUUUAUUAGUUAUAUAUAUUUUUUAAGGCUCCAGAUAUAAUAUGUUUGAUAUAAUGAUGACUCAGUCAGUACUAGUGUUAGUGCAGCAGAGGGCGCCAGAGCAAUGACGUAAUGCUGACUAUGUAUGGACAUGUGCUGAAGCAAUGUGACCCCAGUGUAAUUAGUUUCAUCAAAAUAGUAAAGAAUAAGGUCACACCUAAGUUUUCCACUUUGAAUCGUAUAAAAAUUA